UGAUAAGUUGUGCGUGUGCUGAUAGGCAAGGCCACAGAAUCAUCUCUUCCUUAAGUACAAAUUAUCAACUGAUAUUUUAGUGAAUCAGAAUUUAAUUAAUUUCGAUUUCAGAGUGUUGUGUUCGAAUGAAUAUUGCUGCAACAUCAUUGCUGGGUUAUAUAUUAUACGUCGGGUAUAGCAACAUCAUGAUAAAUAAUAAUAUAUUAUGAUUUUUUAGUAUAGGUAUUGUCUAUUGUUGUAUACCAUUUCUGGUCCUUAACGAUUCCAUCAUCCGAGCGUGUAUCAUAAAUGGCUCCUUGCACGUGUGUCACUUCAACUGCGAAAACAAACAGUCGGUUGUAAUGUAUGUGCGCCUCUCCGACUAGUUGUGUUCGUCAUUCGUAUUCCGAUAAAAGUCGUCAGAACAACACCCUAUCGACGUAAUAAUAUCAUAAUAUAGUUUGCAAGGCACUGCUGUAAUAAGUAAAUAAUUUAAACAAUAACGAUAGUCGUUGACAUGCAGACCCCGACGGUGAUCACGGCCGUAUGCCUGCUGAUGCCCGUGUUGGUCCUGCAGUUCCGUCUUAUCUCGGGACACACGAUCAUCGAUCAACACGAGGGAAUCGAAGGAAAUGAGGCCGAACCGAGGGCAUUGAAAUCGGAAUCCGUGCUGAUGGGCAUCGCCAAUUCGCUGAUUGGCGGCAAGACCAAAGGAACGACCGGCGGUGGCCAAAGCAGCUACUGUAUAGACCGUGACGUUUACCAGAGAUCAGCUCGGGGUUUCUGCACAUUGUCCUCUCUGACCACCUUAUCCAGUCCCUGUAAGUUUUUCAAGAUGGCCAAUGGAUUUUGUGAUCUACCUGACAUCUUGUCGCUCAGUUUGAAUAUGUCCAACAUAGUGCUAAUGUUGGUACUCAGAGGACUGAUAUGGGGUGUGUCGUACAUUCAAGGCAGUGGCAAAGAAGCACGGAGCGAGGACUUGCAGACUUCCGCGGCGGACAUGAUUAACGAAACUGACAUGAUGUUGUUUCUCGGAUAUCUGGUGGCAGAUGAGUCGGGUCAACACGACUGUUUGAAUCUCGUGGCGUGCCAACAACCAACCCGAGCAGAAAGCUAUCUCAGAAGCGCCGAGAUGGUAUGGAAAACUGCGAAAAUGUUGGACGGCGUGGUUCCGUUGGACACGAAGUACGAGCAAAUGUUGAUCGAAUUGCAAGAGGCUAUUGAUAACGGAAAGGCUGGCGGAGAUUGUCAAGUCAGAUAUAAAUGUUAUGGGCCGAAUAAUGUUGAUCGUUUUAACUUAACUUGAAAAAUAAAAAUGUAUAAAAUGCAGUACUUUAAUAUAUUUGAUGGGCCACAAGUAAAUCUGAUCAACUAGUAACGAGUGUACCCAGGGCAUUCCGAAUAAAUAAUUGUUUGAGUAUAAUACGGCACGUAAUAAAUGGAUAUUUUAUAUCAUAUAAUAUGCAUACAUUUUAUACUCGUUAUUCAUAUAUUAUAGAUUAUAGAUUUAGAUGUUUACUUUUUAUUCAAAAGUAAUCUGGACCAUUCAGUCAUAAUGACUGACAAUCUUAUAGAUCAGAUUUAAAAUUAAAAUAAUUGAUAUUUAUAUUAAAUUAUUUGUGACUGUGAAGAUGUAUUUUAAUUAUUGUACCUUAGUACA